UGUACACACAGUCAAAGGACCCAACGCAUCAACACGAGAUGGAAUAAAGAUGAUUUUUCUUUUUCUAUGUAUAAAUAGUCGUUAGCAGGUUGGAUAUUCCGUUUGAAGAGUGAGCGUUUGAUGCUGUGUGACCCUCUGACGGUAGAAGUCUGUUUACUGUGCUGUAGCCUUUGCAGGGCUAGACUGCAGCGAUGAAGGCCAAGAAGAAGAAGAGACAGGAUGACUUCCAGAAAGUCAAGCUAAAAGUGGGAAAGAAGAAGCCCAGAGCUGACAAUGCCACCAACACUAACUUCCGCACAAAGGGAAUCCAUCUGCCUGAACAACUGAAGAGAGACACCAGUGGCCCCACAACACACAGACAGCUAGGAAUCAAUGAGCUCCUGUCUCAGCUUCACCACUACAAUGCCAACGUGAAGCACAGUGCCUUGUUGGGUUUGAGAGAGUUGCUGUCCAUCAAUCCCUCUUUGUUAGAGCAACAUCUGUCCCGCCUGCUCUCUGAAGUUGCAGCCGUUUUCACUGACAAGGAUGGCAACGUUCGCGUGGCAGCUACACGAGUGCUCAGGUUCAUUGCGCAGUCCGUACCUGCAGAACGAGUGGCUCCGUUUUUCCCACUCCUCAGUGCUCACUUGUCUUGUGCCAUGACCCACAUCGAGGCAGGAAUCCAGGAGGACGCCAUGGCCGUCCUGGACGUGUUCCUGGAGCACUACCCGGCUCUGCUGGCUGCUCGGCCUGCGGUGCUGCUCACUAACUUCCUGGAGUUGAUCUCUCACCGACAGAACAGCGGAGCGGCCAAAAAGGCUCAGGACGCCAAAAGCCGGAUGUGGACGCUGUCGGUGAACCCUGACAGAGCUGUGAGCAGCCAGCAGUGGAGGCUUUCUGUGCUCCUCAGGCUCGGGCGAUUUCUGCAGGCGGUAGUUGAAGAAAGACCAGUGGGGGAAAGUGACAUGUCUGCCCUCUCUGAGCGACUGUUUGGUUCCAGUGGAGAGGGCCGGAUUGCAACUCUCUAUCUCAACUGGGAAGAGCUUAUCUACAGCAAAGUCGGGGUUCGUGUGUACGAACAUUCUGGUGCCAAGCCGACUCCUCACUCCACCUUUAAACUCAGACCUGAGGUGGACCCAGGAGCUGCAGUAACUGAAGGUCUGGACUCAGCUGAGACAGUCCAGAGCUUUGCAGCUACUCUCGUUCCUCUGCUGCUGGAAGUUUGGGUGGAGGCCAGCACCGCUCACUGCCCAUCGAAUAGCACAGAAGGAGCUCACCUGCUCAGUCCAGACGCCAUGUCAGUGAUGUUCCAGGUCCUGACUGUUCUGCAGCUACUGAGGAAACUGGCACCACAGCAGGAGCACCAGGAUGCACUGGAUGCGUGGUUCCGUAAAGAAUACCUGGGAGAUUUUAAGCAACACUUCAUGAAAAACUUUCCUUAUGGUACUUUGGACACACCCAAACCUAAAAAGAAAGCUGAUCUCAAAAGGAGUAAACAGCCUGCAGCCAUUCUCGGUCUGACUGUAGAGCCUCUGGCCCUGAACAUCACCCUCUGCCAGGUAAUGGUGUCCCUCAGCCAGAAGCAGAGUCAGGGCCGAGAGUCGGACGGAGACUGGGUGACGCCGCUGAGGACGUUUGUCCGAGACACUCUGGGCAACACGGUGAAGCUGAGCUACAGGCAGCUGCACAUGCUGCUGGGAACCAUGUGGAAGAUGGUGCUCACACAGAGGAGCAGAACGGUGACAGAGGACCUGUUGGCAGCGGUUUAUAUCUACUACAAGCAGAGGAACUUGUCUCUACAAACACGAUCUCUGCUGCUGUCUUUCUACAGCAAACUCUACCAGCAGGAGCAAGGACACACACACAUAGCCCGGAGUAAGGUGCUGUGUCGAUGGCUGGCAUCUCUUCCUCUGCAGUUGUCCCAGCUGGGCCACCGUAACCCGGCGCUGUCCGCUCAGCUCAUCAGCUCCAUCCAGGCUGCUGCUGCUCGAGGCAACAAAGACCUCCUCAACAGUCUGCAGAUGCACGCCUGCAAGCUCUACGAUCCACAGGAAGGAGUUGUGGUGUUGUUACCAGCAGAGUCCCAGCAGCGAAUGGUGCAGCUGCUCUACUUCCUGCCCAAGAUGUCGCAGCCGCUUCUGGCCAAUCUGAGCUGCUGCUGCACCGCCGGGCGAAUCUCUGCCGGCCUGGCCGCCUCUCUGAUUCGUAUCGUACACCUUAGGUCGUCUCUGAGCGGCUGGACGGUCGGCAGCCAGGAAGCGGCUCUGCAGGACGUCGACUACAUCAGCUUCUUGUUCUCCACCCUCAUCGGCUUCUCGUCCGAAGACCUCGACUCGCUGCAGGAGGACGACAGCACCCUGCCUCCGUCGCCUCUGUCGCCUCUCAGCCUCUAUCCGACGCCGCUGGAGCAGUUCACCCACCACUGGGACGUCGUCGAGGAAGUAUGCCACUGCCUGGAAAUGCUGGGAUCCAAGUCGCAGUGCUUUGACAUCGUACAAAACGGCAUCUGCAAAUACGUGACCAAGCUGGGGGUGGUUCCUGACAGCAUGGCGGCCGGACUGCUGAGAGCCGUGUCCAGAUUACUGGAUCUGUCCAUCCUGCCGGUAGAACCGGUGCUGCGGUUCUUGUCUCAGUGCUGCCUCAGCCUCCUGGCGAUGCUGGUCACUCUGCAGCAGGCGGCACCCGCUGAUACCAACCACAAAAGGGAGGCGAUCUGGGGCGCCUGCAUCACGGCUCUGAGCAGCGUUCCUCGCCUGCUCCGGAUGCUUCUGCAGCUGCUGCGUGUCAGCGAUCUGAACGAGGAGGAGCUUCCGCAGCUCGGACAGAUUCUCUCAAUGCUGCUGCAGCACACGCCGCUACACAACCAGCUGCUGGCCAACACCGCUCUGCUGCAGGAGAUCAUACAGCACCUCACGAGAUAUUCCCGCGGUGCGACCAGGGAGCAGUGGCUGACCGACCUGCUCUACUGUUACAGCGUCACCGUCGCUCACGGCUCUUCGGCUCACCGUGGAGGCCUUCGAGACAUGUACUAAAACAACAACCUCCAUGUAUUCUCCCUCUCAGACAUCUCACAAACUCAGCAGAGCUCAAUAGUGAUGAAACUUACAGAAAAACAUACAGCAGGACGUUUUUUUUUUUUUUUUUUAAUGUGAGCGACAAUUUCUUGUUGUGUGUCUGCUUCAUGGGAUGCGAUUGUUUGUUCUCUUUGCAUAAACGCAGGGCUUUCUCAGACACCUGUGACUUUGGAUUUAAAAAAAAAAGAAACUAAAAUGGGGGAAAAAAAUGAAUAAAGGCAAAAUAAAGUGAA